CUGCAUCCAUACACAACUACCGCUUCUGUCCCGUUCCAUCACUAUCAUGCAAACUGCUCUUAUCCCAUGUAUUGUUAGACGAGUCCUGUAAAAGUCAAAAGUCCGCUGUGUCCGACCAGUGCUGUUAUUCUGGUCUCUUGCUGCCUUGUAACGUGGUAUUAACUUUCGGCUUGACAAAACACCAGCCGGGAGGACGAUUCCUCACAACCUCCUGUAACACAUACUAAACAAAUCAAAGAGCAAGGCGUACACCGUGACUCCCACAAAACUCGUUUAUGAUUGUUUAACACGGGAAAAGGCUUGGCAAAGCAGAUAUCCAACAUGUCAUCCAGCUACUGGGAGUCUACCCAGCGGAAGUUCUGGACGUUUACAAAGCAAGACCUAGCCCUAGAGCGAAAGCGAAUGGAAGAUGCAGAAAGAAACCUCGUUAACCUAUAUCCCCUUCCGGACCGGAGACAUCUGAGUAUCUACUUCUCUCACCAACUGUCCAAGAUGGCGAGGCCUCUAGGUGUCCGACAGCAGGCCUUGGCUACUGCACAGGUUUAUGUACGGCGUUUCUAUACCAAAGUUGAGAUACGGCGGACGAACCCAGCGCUUGUGCUGGCAACAGCCUUGUACCUGGCCUGCAAGAUGGAGGAAUGUCCACAGCACAUUAGGAUGGUGCUGGCAGAAGCGCGGCACUGCUGGGAUACUUCGUUCAACGACAUAUCUAAAAUUGGCGAGUGCGAGUUCUCGCUGAUAUCAGAGAUGAACUCGCAGUUGAUACUCCACCACCCAUACCGCAGCCUCGCGGAACUACAAACCCAAUUCCAGCUAACACAGGAAGAGAAUGCGCUUGCAUGGUCAAUCAUCAACGACCACUAUCUCACAGACCUGCCUCUCCUGCACGCACCACAUGUGAUUGCCAUUACAGCAAUGUUCCUAGCAGUCGUGUUGAAACCGAUCGGCUCGCAGGUUAAUGCAGUGGGGAUGAACAACGCACUUCAAACGCUGGGCAACGCUCGAGGCGGGCAAGGAAUGCAGGCGCGGAUACAAAAGUUAGUCGACUGGCUUGCUGAGAGCAACGUGGAUAUUGAGGCUGUUGUCGAAUGCACCCAAGAGCUGAUUUCGCUGUAUGAAGUCUGGGAGUCGUAUACGGACAAGACGUGCAAAGAUCAGAUUGCAAAGUUUGUCAAGGCUAGAGGGCUGGACAAGUAAAGUAGGGAUUUACGGCUGUGCUUGGUCGGUUUCUAGAAGUCGAGUGUUUGGGACAUGUGCGGAUUAUGCCUUGAGUGGAAACAUGGCGAGUGGAUGGAUGGACAGGUGGAGGUUUGAUGUUCCGUAGGCCAUAGCAUGGAGAGUAACAUAGUGUGCACGAAUCGCGCAACACGCAACAUGGAACAUUUUGAUAGAUGGGAUAGUUUCUGGUGGCUUUGUGUAUACAGCAUGGCGUCAACGGCC